AUGAGCUUCGACGCUGAUAAGAUCGGCGCUGCCGACUUCAAGUCUCUGGCUCCUCUUGCCGCAGAGCUCGACAAGCACCUUACCCUGCGAACUUACCUCGGUGGCUACAGCCUGAGCGAGCAGGACCAGAAGAUCUGGACUGCUCUUCGCACAAACAAGGUCGCUAUUGGUCUUGUCCGAAAGGGCGCUUAUACCAACAUUACUCGAUGGUUCAAGUUCAUUGAGGAUACUCACCCUGAGCUUAGCGAGAAGCUCAAUGCUGGUAAGGAGAAGAAGUCUGGUGGUGCCAACUACAACAUUGGUCUCUCCAACACUGAGAACGGUGUUGUCACCCGAUUCCCUCCUGAGCCUAGUGGCUACCUUCACAUCGGUCACGCCAAGGCCGCCCUUCUUAACGAUUACUUCGCAAAGACCUCCCCCGACGGAAACGGAAAGCUCGUCGUUCGCUUCGAUGAUACAAACCCCGCCAAGGAGAAGCAAGAGUACGAAGAUGCCAUCCUCCACGAUCUCGAGCUUAUGGACAUCAAGUACCACAAGGUCACCCACUCCAGUGACUACUUCCAGGAGAUUUACGACAUGACCGAGAAGAUGAUCAUGGACGGCAACGCUUACGCCGAUGACACCGACCCCGAGGUUCAAUCCGCCGACCGAAAGAACCGUCUUCCCAGCAAGCGACGUGAUCGUCCCGCUGAGGAGAGUUUGGCCAUGUUCCGAGAGAUGAAGGCUGGUACCGAUCUCGGUCGUGGACACUGCAUUCGUGCUCGCAUUGCUUUUGACUCUAGCAACGGUUCUAUGCGAGACCCUGUUAUUUACCGGUUCCCCAACUGGAAGGGCGAGGAGCCUGCCCCCCACCACCGCACCGGCUGGACAUGGAACAUCUACCCCACAUACGAUCUUGUCGUCCCUAUCCUCGACUCCAUCGAGGGCGUCACCCACGCUCUCCGAACGACCGAGUAUGCCGACCGAAACGAGCAAUACCACUGGUUCCUCAAGGCUCUUGGCCUCCGACAAGUCCACCUCUGGGACUUUGCCCGUAUCAACUUCAUCAAGACGUUCCUCUCGAAACGAAAGCUUACAAAGGUUGUCGACACCGGACGUGUCAGUGGCUGGGAUGAUCCCCGUAUGCCUACCGUCCGCGGUAUCCUCCGCCGUGGUCUUACCGUUCCCGCUCUCCGCGAGUUCAUGUUGAAGCAGGGCCCUAGCCGAAAUAUCGUCACCAUGGACUGGACUACCAUCUGGGCCAUCAACAAGCGCAUGCUCGACCCUGUUGUGCCCCGAUACAUGGCUAUUGAGGAGAAGGAUGCCGUCGUUGUCAACAUCACUGGCGGACCUGAGAAGUCUUACAAGGAGGAGAGACCCAAGCACGUCAAGAACCCUGAUGUCGGUACUAAGCAGGUUACUUUCGGACCUAAGCUCCUCCUCGACCAGGCCGACGUUGUUUCUUUCGACGACAACGAGGAGAUCACCCUGAUGUCCUGGGGUAACGCCAUCGUCCGCGGUCUCGACAAGACCUCCAGCUCCCCCGUCAAGGAUCUCACCCUCGAGCUUCACCUUGCCGGUGACUUCAAGACCACCGCCAAGAAGGUGCACUGGCUGGCCGCCGACCCCGAGAACCUGGUCAAGGCUGAGCUUUGGGAGUUUGACUCUCUCAUCACCAAGGACACACUAGACAAGGACGACAACCUUGAUGACUUCCUCAACGAUAACAGCGCUUCCAUGACUCACGCUCUUGUCGACGCGAGCAUCUCUGAUCUCAAGGAGAACGACUUUAUCCAGCUUGAGCGAAAGGGUUAUUACCGUGUCGACAAGGCUCUUGGACAAGGGCCUGAUGGACGUGCUGUGCUGUUCAAGGUUCCUACCGGUGGACAGAAGGGUUAA